AUGACGCCCGACCUCCCCCCGGGGCUCACAGAGCAAUACACAGCGCACCUCGCCCAGCAGCUGCAGUCCCACCUCUCCACGCCCACGCCCAACACCUACCUCGCCGCCAACAUCAUCAAGAUCGCGCGCGACCAGCCGGGCCCCAAGACGUUCAUCGCGGCCGUGCAGACGCUCGGAAAGUACUCUGACGAGUUCCUGGCGGGCGUCUACGACGAGGUCAAGCAGCGCUCGCGCCACACCGCCUUUGCGGCGCCGCCCGAACGCGCACAUGGCGGCAGCGGCGGCGGCGAGAUGCCCGGGGGGCUGCUGGUCCCGCGUAAUGGCGGCAGGGACAGCGAGGCGGGGAAGAAGGAGAGUAGGCUGGGGCUGGAUAGGCUGGCAAAGAGGAUUAAGCUGGACUUGGAGGGCGGGAGAGAUGCGGAGGAGGCGGCGGGGAAGGGGGAGGAGGUGAAGGAGGUUGUGGAGUUUAAGAAGCCGGCGCUGCCGGUCGGGAGGCAUAUCAGGGAGCGGAGGAUGGACACGCCCUCGCACGGCGGCGGGCUCUCGCAGGCCGCGCGCGAGAAGCUGAAUGCCCACCGCGCCCGCCGGCUGGGUGCUGGUGACGACAGAGAUAGGGAUAGGGACCGCGGCAGAGACGACCGCGGCGGCGGCGGCGACAGGCGGGCCGACUACGCCUACCGCGACUCCAAAUACACGCCGCAGAACCUGCGGCGGCACGACCCCACGCCGCUCCGCGACGCCGGCCGCUACGCUAAUGCCCGCCCCUCCACCGCGCGCUCCUCGCGCUUCGGCAACGCCACGCCGCGCAUGCCGUCCACGUUCGACCGCGACCUCGAGGACGGGCCGGCCAUUGGUGGUGGCGGUGGUGGUGCGGACGACAGCGCGCUCGACCGCGACUGGUACGCCGGCGACGAGCUGGGGCACGCGUUCGGCGACGAGACGCACAACCCGUUUGGCAGCGCCGACAACACGUGGGCCGACCAGCAGCGCGAGCAGGCGCUGCUCGAGAAGAAGCAGGGCAAGCGCAUGAGCGCGCGCGCGCAGCAGAAGAUGAAGGAUGUCGACGCGUGGGAGACCAACAGGAUGCUGACCAGCGGCGUGGCGCAGCGCGCGGACUAUGGCGAUGACGAGCUGGAUGACGAGGAGGAGGUGCGCGUGCAUCUGCUGGUGCAUGAUCUCAGGCCGCCGUUCCUCGACGGGAGGAGGGUGUUUACGAAGCAGCUCGAUCCGAUCCCGGCGGUGAGGGACCCGCAGAGCGAUAUGGCCGUGUUUAGUCGCAAGGGGAGCACGCUCGUGAAGGAGAAGCGCAUGCAGCGCGAGCGCACCAAGCAGGCGCAGGAGGCGACGAACAUCGCGGGUACGGCGCUGGGGAAUGUGUUGGGGGUGAAGGACGACGACGAUACGGACUCUGCCGCCGUGCUCGCGGCGGACAGCGCGGAGGGCGAGGGGAGCGGCAGUAACAAGUUCUCGGAGCACAUGGCGAAGCAGAAGCCGCAGGAGGGCGGGGGCAGCGAGUUGACGAAGGGGCGGACGCUGCGGGAGCAGCGGGAGUUCCUGCCGGCGUUUGCGGUGCGCGAGGAGGUGCUGAGGGUCAUUAGGGAUAACCAGGUUGUGGUUGUGGUGGGCGAGACGGGCAGCGGGAAGACGACGCAGUUGACGCAGUUUCUGUAUGAGGAUGGAUAUGGCAAGAAUGGCAUGAUUGGCUGCACGCAGCCUAGGAGGGUGGCGGCCAUGAGUGUUGCGAAGAGGGUCAGUGAGGAGAUGGAGGUCAGGCUGGGCGGGCUGGUGGGGUAUGCGAUCCGGUUUGAGGACUGCACGAGUGAUGAGACGGUGAUCAAGUACAUGACCGACGGCGUCCUCCUCCGCGAAUCCCUCGUCGACCCCAACCUCGACAAGUACUCCUGCAUCAUCAUGGACGAAGCCCACGAGCGCGCCCUCAACACCGACGUGCUCAUGGGCCUCAUCAAGAAGAUCCUCGCGCGCCGCCGCGACCUCAAGCUCAUCGUCACCUCGGCCACCAUGAACGCCGAGCGCUUCUCGCGCUUCUACGGCGGCGCCCCCGAGUACAUCAUCCCCGGCCGCACCUUCCCCGUCGACGUGCUGUGGUCCAAGUCGCCGUGCGAGGACUACGUCGACGCCGCCGUCAAGCAGGUGCUGCAGAUCCACGUCGGCCAGGGCUCCGGCGACAUCCUCGUCUUCAUGACGGGCCAGGAGGAUAUCGAGAUCACGUGCGACGUCAUCGCGGAGCGCCUCAAGCAGCUCAAUAACCCGCCGAAGCUGAACAUCCUGCCGAUAUACUCGCAGAUGCCGGCAGACCUGCAGGCAAAGAUCUUUGAGCGCGGCGAGGGCGGCGCGCGCAAGGUCAUUGUGGCCACGAACAUCGCGGAGACCUCGCUGACCGUCGAGGGCAUCAUGUACGUCGUCGACGCCGGCUUCUCGAAGCUCAAAGUCUACAACCCGCGCAUGGGCAUGGACGCCCUCCAGAUCACGCCCAUCUCGCAGGCCAACGCCUCGCAGCGCUCCGGGCGCGCCGGCCGAACAGGCCCGGGAAAGGCAUACCGCCUGUACACGGAGCAGGCGUUCCGCAACGAGAUGUACCUGCAGACCAUCCCCGAGAUCCAGCGCACCAACCUGUCCAACACCGUGCUGCUGCUCAAGUCGCUCGGCGUGCGCGACCUGCUCGAGUUCGACUUCAUGGACCCGCCGCCGCAGGACACCAUGACCACGUCGCUGUUCGACCUGUGGGCGCUCGGCGCCCUCUCCAACAUCGGCGACCUCACGGGGCUCGGCAAGACCAUGGCAAACUUCCCCAUGGAGCCCAGCCUCUCGAAGCUCAUCAUCAUGAGCGUCGACUACGGCUGCUCCGAGGAGAUGCUGACCAUCGUGUCCAUGCUCUCGGUGCCGAGCGUGUUCUACCGCCCCAAGGAGCGCCAGGAGGAGAGCGACGCUGCGCGCGAGCGCUUCUUUGUCGCCGAGAGCGACCAUCUGACGCUGCUGCAUGUGUACACGCAGUGGAAGAGCAACGGGUACUCGGACCGGUGGUGCGUGCAGCACUUUCUGCAGCCCAAGGCGCUGCGGCGCGCGAAGGAGAUCCGCAACCAGCUGAUGGACAUCAUGAAGUUCCAGAAGAUGGCGCUGAGCAGCUGCGGGACGGACUGGGACCUGAUACGGAAGUGCAUUUGCAGUGGGUAUUAUCACCAGGCCGCGAAGGUGAAGGGGAUAGGCGAGUAUACGAAUCUGAGGACGAGUGUGACGGUGCAGUUGCAUCCGACGAGUGCGCUGUAUGGGUUGGGGUAUCUGCCGGACUAUGUCGUCUACCACGAACUCAUCCUCACCUCCAAAGAAUACAUGUCCACGGUCACCGCGGUCGACCCGCACUGGCUCGCGGAGCUCGGCGGCGUCUUCUACAGCGUCAAGGAGAAGGGCUACUCGGCGCGCGAGCGCCGCACAACAGAGAACGAGAUCAACAAGAAGAUGGAGAUCGAGGCCAAGAUGGCCGAGGACAAGGCGCAGCAGGAGGAGGACCUGGCGAACGCGCGCGCGCGGGAGGAGGCUAUGGCGGGGAGGGGGGUGGCGCAGAGGCGGCCGGCGACGAGUGCCGUGGUUAGGAGGCCGGGGACGGCGGUGGGGGUGGUCAAGAGGCCGAUGACGCCGAGUUUGAGGAGGAGGGGGUUUUAG